AUGAUCUCCAGGCUUGCAACACAUGGGAACUGGCCAGCUUGGAGGAAGCCAUGGUAUCUUGCAUGGGUUCUUGCGCUGGCCCUUUGGGCAUUUCUGUUUUUUCAGGCCUCAGCACCUUGGAUUGCUGGCUUUUGUGGACUCCAAGCAGUGGCAAUGCUGUGGGCAUGCCCAGCCUCUGGACCGGCAGGAACCAGCAAGGCCUGUGAUGCUUCGAUGGGUCGUGCUUUAGUGCUUAUGGAUGGUAUUAUCGGUCUGCUUUGGAGUAUCAAGCAGGCCACGCAGAUCUCGUGGCACCGGAGUUCAGACGCUUUGGCCAUCUCCAUGUCAACCUUGCCACUAUUGAUGGUUUCUGUGGGGCUGUUGAGCUCCUCAGCUGAGGGCGAGCUAUUAACAUCAGUCCCAGUGGUGUUACUGUACUUCGCUGGCUUUGGCGCCACGAGUGUACUGAAGGAAAACUACGGGAGCUUGGCGGUGUUCCUUGUGCUGAUUCUGGCGCAUGCUGCCCUACAUUUGCCUUUCCCUCCCAAUGAUCCAGAAAGCAAUCCUUUUCACAACUCUUUCAAGCGUUCCCUCCAACGAUGUGCGAAAUUCAUGGCGCAGCCGGUAUCUGGCUUUGGUGACGAAGGAAGUGGUGGAUGA